UGGCAUUUGGAGAACAGCCAAGGCCGUCGCCUAUGUUUUCCGAAGAGGGCCGCACAUCUCAGCGGCAAGCCGGACUGUUCUCAAUGGGGCCCCAAAAAGAGAUGGCUUCGUUCUUCGAUCAGUUACCUACAGGUGGUGGAAUUAUUGAAUCAAACAAUGUAAGCAAAUUUCACUGUAAGUGCUCAUUAACGUCUCCCAACAUUUUAUGAUAUGUGCGCAUGUAUGAAGGGAUUUGCUUGCAUAUAGCCAAGAAUGGCGUUCAAGCCAAUUCUACAUCAGAUGAAUGUUAUCACGUCGUAAAAAUUGAUUUCAACAUCUGUGAGACUGACAAAAGGGCCAUGCGGAUGCUAAUGAUGAGAUAACCGCAACAUUUGAGUUUUUCCUCUUUUAUGUCUUCCACAUUUCCCUUUCAGUUUAACAUGCAAUCAGGUCUGACAGCAUUGAAAAAGUCUUCAGUUCCAACCAAGAAACACGAGAAAGGGAAAAACGUGAAAUAAGAAGAUAGCUUGCUCUAUUGUAAGGUGAAUUCUAUAGCGCUAUGGUUACAUUUGUAAAAAAAAUACUUAAUCGCGGUUUUAGUUCUAGAGUUUAAGCCGGUAUGAGUUUUACUAGCUCUUGGAUGUAGUACUAAAGCAAACUCGACCUAAAGUAGAACUUUUUUGAUUCGCGUCAGACUUUCAAAUUCUUUCCGAAAUUUUCAUCAUUUUCAUUCAUCGUUUUGACAGCCAUCUCAGAAGCCUACUAAUAGUAUAACUGCUGCCGCCCCUACCGUCAAAUAUUGGCAGUAUUACCAAGGCACGAGAGUAGCUGGAAAACGAGAAACUAACUGACUCCCUAAAUAAGCUGCGAAGACCGUCUGUCUAGAAGUCAAGAGCCAAGAGAAUGCUUGAAAUUUAUUUUCCACACGGUUCUUACAGAGAAUAGUGAUAAGAACUGAGUGAAUGCAUGAACAUGCUAUUUUGAAUUUCGGCUCCGGUGAGCACUCUUGCAUCAGCUGUUGUAUAACUUGGCUUAGGGGGAAAACAACUUUGAAGAAACUGUCCUCCCGUAGCCGUAGAAAAUAGUAGAGACCCUGAAGAACUAAAUGCACACCCACUUAAAAAAUCCUGUGAUUUUAACUCUGAUACAUGCUAAUAAUAUUCCCCGGAUUUUGUUUUACACAGUAGGAAACCUAAUCGAGUAUUAUAUACCUUCGUUUCCAUUAAAGGGGCGUGUUUGAAGCGAACAUCCAACCUGCUGGCUACAGGAGGAACUGAAGCAAUCUCACAAGAAUGACAACAAAGUUUGUUCAAAUGAAGAUAUGCGCCCCAAGGAAGGCCAAGUUAAACUAAAUCAAUUGCUGAGUUAAACUUCCAGACCAUAAGAACUACAUGAAAAAAUAAUAAAAGUUUCGAUCGAUUACAAGCAGAGUAUAUUUGCGCGUCUAAUUCAAGGCUACCGUUAUAAAAGUUUUCAAUGAACAUAAGAAGCUCCUGACUCGGUUUGAAAUUUUUAUUUAUUUCAAUUCUUUUAUAUUAAGAAAACUCAAAUGAACAGAUGUUCUUGUAAGAAAACAAUAAAGAAUGGUUUCUGUGUAUGGACAUUCUCAAUUAAGUUGUUGUGUUAAAAAUACUUGUAAAAAUUUUAAAACAAGUGUUUUCCGUGAUUUCCUGUACCUAUAGUCUUUAAUUCACCGUUGUGCGCCUUCGUGACGUAAUACAAAUGAUCUUAAAGAAACCGAACAAAAAGCUGCCGUAAUCCCACCUAAUAACUAACAAUAGUCCUCGCACGAAAAGACGACACAGCUUAGAAUAGGUUGUUGUGCUAUCAACAGCCACUUAAUUACAUCUCUCGCCUCGGCUGGAUGACAAAUGGUGAGCUUCAAAAACAACUGCUUUUCGCUGUAAGAUCACCAAAAUGGACGACAUUCGUUUGACCAUUGAAAAUGGACACGCAACAGAUCGGACGCAUAAUGACCAAGUUAGAUAGACGUUAGGGAUGGUAGACUCCAAAAAAGGAAAACUGAUGAUGAUGAUAAUGAUGAUGAUGAUGAUGAUGAUGAUGAUGAUGAUGAUGAUGAAGAUUAUGAUGACAUUGAACUCAUCCCCAGGACCCCAAGGGUC